AUGAAGGUUCUCUCACUCCUUCUUGCCGCGGCAAGCCCCAUCUAUGCCGCCUUCGAGUGGCAGAAUGCUCGCAUGGGAGGCGGUGGUGGCUUCGUGCCUGGCAUUUCUUUCCAUCCCAAGGUGAAGGGUGUUGCCUAUGCUCGUACAGAUAUUGGUGGUCUCUACCGUCUCAAUGCCGACGAUUCCUGGACGCCUGUCACGGAUUACGUUGCUACCCAUGCCAAGUGGGAUCCUAACAACGGCGCCAUCGGUCGCAGUUCCGACAAGGGCCAGACCUGGACGUUUACCGACCUGCCUUUCAAGGUUGGUGGUAACAUGCCCGGCCGCGGCACUGGAGAACGUCUCGCAGUCGACCCCAACAACCCAAACAUCAUCUACUUCGGUGCUCGCAGUGGAAAUGGUCUCUGGAAGUCCACCAACGGCGGUGUUUCCUUCAGCAAGGUCACCUCCUUCACCAACGUCGGCAACUUCGCUCCUGAUCCCAAUGAUGCCAACGGAUACCUCAACGACCCUCAGGGUCUGACAUUUGUCACCUUUGAUGAGACCUCAGCCGUCUCCGGUGGCGCCACCUCCCGAAUCUUUGUCGGCACCGCCGAUAACGUCACUGCCUCCGUCUACGUGUCCACCAACGCCGGCCAGACCUGGAGCCCCGUUGCCGGACAACCUGGAAAGUAUUUCCCCCACAAGGCCAGAAUUCAGACUGCCGAGAAGGCUCUCUACCUCUCCUACUCCGAUGGCACCGGCCCUUACGAUGGUGCCUCUGGUUCCGUCUGGCGCUACGACCUCGCCACCAGCGUGUGGAAGGACAUUACGCCUGCCUCGGGUGGUGAUCUCUACUUCGGUUUUGGUGGUCUCUCAGUUGAUGCUCAGAAGCCUGGUACCCUCAUUGUCGCCACGCUGAACUCAUGGUACCCUGACGCGCAGAUCUACCGUUCCACCGACUCUGGAAACACUUGGUCUACCUUGUGGAAGUGGACCAGCUACCCCAACCAGGAGUUCUACUACAGCAUCAGCACACCCAAGGCACCCUGGAUCUUCAAGAACUUCAUCUCCGUCGACACCAAGAAGCUUGGCUGGAUGAUUGAGGCCCUGGAAAUUGAUCCCCAUGACUCUAACCACUGGCUUUACGGUACUGGUCUGACCGUCUACGGAGGCCACGACUUGACCAAGUGGGACACCACCCACAACAUCACCAUUGAGUCGCUUGCCGACGGCAUCGAGGAGUUCGCUGUCCUUGAGGUUAAGUCUGCUCCUGGUGGUACCGAGCUGUUCUCUGCUGUUGGCGAUGACAGCGGCUUCACUUUCCCUAACAAGAAUUCUCUGGGUACCGCACCCGCCACCGUCUGGGACACUCCCAGGUUCACCUCUUCCACAAGCGUUGAUUACGCUGGCAACAAGGUCGCCAACGUCGUCCGCGUCGGUAACACUGGCGGCACUGAGCAGGUCGCCCUCUCCGGCAAUGGUGGUAACACCUGGUACAUCCACUACGGCGCUGGCCAGGUUGCCUAUGGUGGCGCUGUAGCCCUCUCCGCCGAUGGUGAUGUUGUCCUCUGGUCCUCUUCCAACCAGGGCGUCCGCCGUUCCCAAACUCAGGGUACCUUUGCCGCCGUCUCUAGCCUGCCCAACAACGCCCUGAUUGCCAGUGACAAGCGCGACAACACGGCUUUCUACGCUGCCUCUGGCUCGACCUUCUACCGCUCGACCAACUCGGCCACGAGCUUCAGCACCGCCGGCACCCUUAGCGGCGCCACCGUCAUCCGCGACAUCGCUGUCCACCCCCAGGUCGCCGGCGACGUCUGGGUGUCCACAGACGCCGGAAUCUUCCACAGCACCAACGGCGGAGCCUCUUUCACCCUCGUCUCUUCGACCGUGAUCAACACCUACCAGAUCGCUCUCGGCCGCGGCGCUGGCACGACCUGGAACCUCUACGCCUUUGGCACCGGCCCCCAGGGCCCCAAGCUCUACGGCAGUGCCGACCUCGGUGCCUCGUGGACUGACAUUCAGGGCUCCAUCGCCUGGGGUUCCAUCGAGGCCAACCGUCUCGAGGGCAGUGGCAACAACGCCGGCCUUGUCUACGUCGGUACCAACGGCCGCGGUGUCUUCUGGGCCCAGGGCACCAUCUCCGGUGGAUCCGUGCCCCCUCCCGCGGGCACGACCACGACGGCUGCGCCCCCUGCCGCUACGACGACCACCAGGGGCACGACGACUCUGACAUCGACGGUGAGGGCCUCUACCACUGUCGUGCCUACGACCGUCGCCACGACGACCAGGGCUGCCACCACCACCGCUGCCGCGCCACCGGCCACGGGCACAGGUGUCGCGGCGCCCUGGGGACAGUGUGGUGGACAGGGAUGGACCGGUCCCACGCAGUGCGCUGCCGGAUAUACGUGCAAGUCGCAGAACCCCUGGUACUCGCAGUGCCUUACUUAA